CUCUCCAUUUCCUUUUGGCGCUAUUCCUCCCCGCAUUUCCUUCUCCACUCGGGUCUCGUUGAGGAAGAAGAUGAUGGGAGCGAGCUCGGAUGCUGAUCGGCCAUGGCAAUCGUAUCACACCGUCUACACCAACGGUAAAGCAGGAAUGGAGGGGGUUGACAAAGAAAAAGUACAGAAAAUAAUCUAUGAGAUGAGCAAGGGUUCAAAAUAUUUUGAAAACGAGCAAAGGAAGGAAGCAUUUACGAAACAGAAAAUAGAGAAUCUGCGUACACAAUGUGCAAAACUCACAGACAAGGACGUUUCUCAUUUUCAACUGGUUGCUGAUAGAAAGAUUGUAGAGCUGGAAGCUUCACGUGAUCUUUCAAAGACAUGGCUGCAUGCUGACAUGGAUGCCUUUUAUGCUGCUGUUGAGACAUUAGAAAACCCAUCACUGAAAGGAAAGCCAUUGGCAGUUGGUAGCAUGUCUAUGAUAUGUACUGCAAACUAUGAGGCACGGAAAUAUGGGGUUCGUGCAGCAAUGCCCGGUUUUAUUGCAUGUAAAUUAUGUACAGACUUGGUUCUCGUCCCUACAAAUUUUCAAAAGUAUACUUAUUUCAGUGAAUUGACUAGAAAAGUUUUCCAGAAGUAUGACCCUCACUUCAUUGCCACUAGUCUUGAUGAAGCAUACAUCAACAUAACUGAAGCUUGUGCUGAAAGAGACAUUAGCAGCGAGGAAGUUGCUGCUGAACUUAGAAAUGCUAUAUACGAGGAAACUGGUCUUACAUGUAGUGUUGGGGCUGCUCCAAACCGUAUGCUCGCCAAGGUUUGCUCAGAUAUCAACAAGCCUAAUGGGCAGUUCAUUUUACCAAAUAACCGAGAAGCUGUGAUGACCUUCAUAUCAUCAUUACCAAUAAGAAAGAUAGGUGGUAUUGGGAAGGUGACAGAACAUAUCUUAAGGGAUGCACUUGGAAUCACUACUUGCCAAGAGAUGCUGCAAAAGGGUGCUUUCUUAUGUGCGCUGUUCUCUGAUUGUUCGGCUGACUUCUUUCUAUCUGUGGGACUUGGCUUAGGGGGAACAGAUACCCCUGAACAUAGGUUGCGCAAGAGUAUCAGUUGUGAGAGAACUUUCACUGCAACUACAGAUUCAGCAUUGCUUUUCCAGAAAUUAGCUGAUAUUGCAGAAUCAUUGUCACGUGACAUGCAGAAGGAAUCUUUGUGGGGGCGAACAUUGACACUAAAAUUGAAGACUGCAGCUUUUGAGGUUCGGACAAGAGCAAUGUCUUUGCCGAAGUAUACUAACUCGAAGGAGGAUAUCGUAAUGUAUGGUUCCAGGUUGCUAAAGGCUGAGCUUCCUCUUUCUUUGAGAUUGAUGGGAUUGCGGGUGUCGCAAUUCCGUGAUGACAAACAUAGUUCGGUUGACCCCGCCCAGAAGACACUCACUAAAUAUUUCCUCUCAGGAGAUACUACUUCCAGUGAUAAUAACACACUGGGCACCAGGAUGAUUGAUAAGCAUUUGGUUGAUGAUGUUGAAGGUGAUCUUUCAGCACAUCAUGAAAGUUCCUUAAAUGACAGCAAAUUAAUUCUUCUGGAUGAAAAGGAUAACUUAUUGGAGUGUAGUGAGCUAACUGUCUUAAACAAUGGCACCUCAUCGACUAGUGAGGAUGGUUUAAAAGAUAAAGAUGAUGUUCGUUUCUUAAAGUCAGAGAGCAAUGAGAAAACUGAUGAGCUCAAGAACUUCCAAAAUAAUGAGACAAUUGGCUUGUCCAGUCAAAACAGCAAGCCUUCAUGGAUAGAUGGCUACAUUUGUUCUCGUUGUGGAAUCGAACUACCUUCAAGUUUUGAGGAGGAGAGGCAAGAACAUACUGACUACCACCUAGCCGAGAUGCUUCAGGAGGAAGAAGUUAUGCAAAAUAAAAACCUUGUGAAGGGAAGGUCACUGCAGAAGCUGUGCGAUGCUUCACCAAGUGCUAGGAAGAAGCAGAAGGCUUCUUCUGGUAAGGGUAAACACAUACCUAUUGAUGCUUUCUUCAUAAAGGGUAAGAGCCUGCAAAACUUAGUUGCCUGCAUCUGCACCUGCAGUGGGGCUUUCGUGUUUAUAUGCAUUGGUCAUCCCUCAGUCGUUGAUCCUGUCUCAUGCACAGAGAAACUAGGUGCAGGAAACAAUUUGUUCUCUAAGGCAAGGAUUAAGAGAGACCCCGAUGGCUCGACAGAGCUAAUCUGUGGAAACGGGUACGCCUGGUCUCAGUUCUUCUUUUUGAGGAGGAGGAGGAGGAGGAGGAGGAGGAGGGGGGAGGAAAUGGAGAGCUUCUUGAACGAGAACUUCGGUGGGGUGAAGGCGAAGAACUCGUCGGAGGAGGCGCUGCGGCGAUGGCGGAAGCUGUGCGGCGUCGUCAAGAAUCCCAAGAGGAGGUUCCGCUUCACCGCCAACCUCUCCAAGCGCUCCGAAGCCGAGGCCAUGAAACGCACCAACCUGGAGAAGUUGCGGGUUGCUGUAUUGGUAUCUAAAGCUGCGCUUCAGUUCAUACAGGGCAUCAAAUUGCAUAGCGAAUAUGUCGUGCCUGAAGAAGUCAGUGCAGCAGGGUUCGAGAUUUGUGCAGACGAAUUGGGUUCCAUCAUUGAGGGCCAUGAUUUCAAGAAGUUGAAUAUGCACGGUGGAGUAGAUGGAAUCGUCGACAAGCUCUCAACCUCGGUCACUCACGGGCUAACUACGUCCGGGGACAACUUGAAGUUGAGGCAACAGAUAUACGGAAUAAAUAGGUUCACCGAGGGCAAAGCGAAAAGUUUUUGGGCAUUUGUCUGGGAAGCAUGUCAGGACACAACACUUCUGAUUCUGGCAUUAUGCGCCUUUGUCUCUCUAACCGUGGGCAUUGUCAUGGAAGGAUGGCCAAAAGGAGCGCAUGAUGGCCUUGGAAUCGUUGCGAGUAUUCUUUUGGUUGUAUUUGUUACUGCAACAAGUGACUAUCGACAAUCCCUACAAUUCAAAGACUUGGAUAGUGAGAAAAAGAAGAUCUCAAUACAAGUCACUCGGGAUGCGUUCAGACAGAAGAUAUCAAUAUAUGAUCUUCUUCCUGGUGAUGUAGUCCAUUUAGCAAUAGGAGAUCAGGUUCCUGCAGAUGGGCUUUUCAUUAAUGGGUUUUCUUUAUUGAUCAAUGAAUCGAGCCUAACAGGAGAGAGCGAGCCGGUCAAUGUUAAUUCAGAAAACCCUUUUCUUUUAUCUGGGACUAAGGUCCAAGAUGGGUCUUGCAAAAUGCUGGUCACAACAGUUGGGAUGCGAACCCAAUGGGGUAAGUUGAUGGCUACCCUUAGUGAAGGAGGAGAUGAUGAGACCCCAUUGCAGGUCAAACUGAACGGUGUUGCUGCAAUCAUUGGGAAUAUUGGUCUUUUCUUUGCGGUUGUGACAUUCGCUGUGCUAUCACAAGGCCUUCUAAGCAAAAAGUAUCACCAAAAUGAGCUUUUGAAUUGGUCUGGGGAUGAUGCAUUGGCGAUGCUGGAGUACUUUGCUAUUGCUGUCACUAUUGUCGUGGUUGCUGUUCCUGAAGGAUUGCCGUUAGCAGUGACCUUAAGCCUUGCGUUUGCCAUGAAGAAGAUGAUGAAUGAUAAAGCACUGGUCCGCCACCUGGCGGCUUGUGAGACUAUGGGCUCAGCUACAUCUAUUUGUAGUGACAAGACCGGAACCCUGACGACCAAUCAUAUGACUGUUGUCAAAGCUUGUAUUUGUGGGAAUAUCACGGAAGUAGGCACUCCGGAGAAAGCUCUUAGUUUGUGCUCUCAAAUUCCGGAAACUGCAGUUAAAACUUUACUGCAGUCUAUAUUCACUAACACAGGUGGCGAAGUUGUGAUCAACCAGGAUGGAAAGCUUGAAAUUCUAGGAACACCAACGGAAGCUGCUUUAUUGGAAUUUGGCUUGUCACUGGGUGGAGAUUUUAAUGGACAGCGCAAGGAAGCUAAAAUUAUCAAACUGGAACCUUUUAAUUCAGUGAAAAAGAGGAUGGGUGUAAUAGUCCAGCUUCGAGGAGGGGCUUACCGCGCUUGUUCUAAAGGUGCUUCAGAAAUAGUAUUGGCUUCUUGCGACAAGUUUAUAGAUUCUGAAGGUAGUGUUGUUCCCCUUGAUGAAGCUGCAGUCAAACAUCUGAACAAUACUAUUGAAAGUUUUGCUAGCGAAGCGCUUCGAACCCUCUGCCUUGCUUAUAGGGAAGUCGAAAAUGGCUUUUUGGAUGAGCCGAUUCCAGUUGAAGGUUACACUUGCAUUGGAAUUGUGGGUAUCAAAGAUCCCGUCCGCCCAGGUGUGAAGGAGUCUGUAGCAACUUGUCGUUCUGCUGGAAUUACUGUGAGAAUGGUCACAGGAGAUAAUAUUAAUACAGCUAAAGCAAUUGCUCGUGAAUGUGGGAUUCUUACUGAUGGGGGUCUAGCUAUUGAAGGUCCUGAGUUUAGGGAGAAAAGUUUGGAAGAACUGAAUGAAUUAAUACCGAAAAUUCAGGUAAUGGCUAGAUCUUCACCGUUGGAUAAGCAUACUCUAGUAAAGCAUUUGCGCAUGUUGUUCGGUGAAGUUGUUGCUGUGACUGGUGAUGGAACAAAUGAUGCUCCUGCACUUCAUGAGGCGGACAUUGGACUAGCAAUGGGUAUUGCGGGGACUGAGGUGGCGAAAGAGAGUGCUGAUAUCAUAAUUUUAGAUGACAAUUUCUCCACUAUUGCGACUGUUGCAAAAUGGGGGCGUUCCGUGUACAUCAACAUUCAAAAGUUUGUACAGUUUCAGCUUACUGUUAACGUCGUCGCACUUAUUGUUAAUUUCUCCUCGGCGUGCUUUACAGGAAAUGCGCCACUAACUGCUGUCCAGCUACUAUGGGUCAACAUGAUCAUGGAUACUCUUGGGGCGCUCGCAUUAGCCACUGAACCACCUAAUGAUGAAUUAAUGAAGAGAGCACCAGUUGGAAGGACAGGGAAAUUUAUAAGCAACACUAUGUGGAGAAAUAUAUUGGGUCAAUCUUUCUAUCAGUUCAUCGUAAUGUGGUACCUCCAAACUCAAGGGAAGGAGUUAUUUAGGCUUGAGGGCUCCGCUGCUGAUCUUACACUAAACACCAUUAUGUUCAACUCAUUUGUCUUUUGUCAGGUGUUUAAUGAGAUAAGCUCAAGAGAGAUGGAGAAGAUAGAUGUAUUCAAGGGCAUGCUGCAGAACUAUGUUUUUGUCGGUGUUCUUACUAGCACCGUUAUUUUCCAAGUCAUCAUAGUUCAAUUUCUUGGUGAUUUUGCAAACACGGUUCCUCUCUCCGGAUCGGAGUGGUUCGUGAGCAUAUUCUUUGGCUUUCUCGGGAUGCCUAUUUCUGCAGCUGUUAAGUUAAUUCCCGUCGGAGCUUCAUGAAAUCAAUUAAGAAGAAUCAAGCAUGAAGGUCAUAAAGUACUAUAUUCAUUUCCUGAGGCUUUUGGGGACAAGCAGUUUCAUGCAAACAAUGCUUCUUCUGAAAGAAAAGGAAAAGGAAAGCAGGAUAUGAACAAAUAGCAGUAAGUUUUGCGGCCUUCUAUUAGCAGCAGUAAAAUUUGGAAUAUUUUGCUACUCACUUUUUCUGUAAGAGUUCAUUUAAUUUAGAAACUUUCCUUGAACAUACGAGCAACUGACCUUUCUUUUUUAUGGGUCUUAAAAUUGUUUAACACUGAUUCAGGGCCUUAACAUUAGUGCUGUCAAAUUAUAUGCUGUUCAUAGAAAAUUUUUCCUUGUGGUGAUGAUACCUUCUGAUGCUACAUAUUGGGUACGAGAAAAUACAUAUUCCAGUUCCUAUACUGUUACAUA